AUGAAGAAACUGGCAGCACGAGGAAUUGGAAUCGUUAAGCGGAAAGCUGACAUCAUCAGCUGUGAACAGGAAGAUAUCCUGUGGGAUAAGGGAAUCCUCGGAGAUGACACACCCCAGAAACUACUGGACACGCUGCUUUAUCUGAAUGGCAUUUCCUUCUGUUUGAGGGGAGGUGAAGAACACCAUUCGCUUAAACUUUCAAAUUUCUCAUUUGUGGAGAAAAAUGGUAUUAUGCACCUGAAAUACUGUGAAGGAAUAACGAAGACAAACAGCGGCGGGUUAAAACACAAAGCUCUUGACAGAAAGACUAUAGUGGUGGGCCCAAAUGCUGAGAAGAAGGAACGCUGUCUUGUCCGGUUACACCAAAAGUACUUGUCACUAAGGCCGCAGUCUUGUGACACUUUCUAUCUGAGGCCUCUAAGGUACCCAAAAGUCGACGUGUGGUUCUGCACCGUUCCUAUCGGGAGACAAACCCUAGGAGGCGUCGUGAAGCGUUUAUGCGCAGAAGCUGGUUUCACGGGUUUCUUUACCAACCACUCACUGAGGGCAACUGUUGCAACGAGGCUGUAUGAGCAGGGAUUUGACGAGCAGCUCAUUUCCGAGAGAACAGGACAUCGGUCGACUGCUAUUCGCAGUUAUAAGAGAACGAGCGACCAUCUCCUUGAUCUCGUCGAUAAUGCAGUUCAGAGAAAGAGAUCGAGUCCACUUUCCACAUUUGUACCUUCCUCUACUGGCACACGAAUGCCACCCUCAUCUACCGCUGGAACACCAAUGCCACCCUCCUCCGUAUCACCCACAGAUGGUCUGACUGUUCCCUCCCCGCUGGAAAUUUGUCUUGAGCGGAACGGAUCCAAACUGACAUUUAAAAUGUAA